AUGAGGCCGGUCGUACCAGAAGAAGUCGGCGAAUUGCUGAAGUGGCGGCCGCUCAUGCUUUUCAACAAGACGCUGUUAGGACCAGCCUAUAUCGAAAGCAUCGUCUCUUCCUCGCCGACCCUCAUCACCUCCCAAGGAGGAAAAACACUACCACUUGAGGUCUGGUACAUGAUUAUCGACUUCUCGAAACGCUGCCCAGAGAGCCACCGGUAUUCCCUGAUACGACCCAAGCUGCUACAGGCUAGCGCGGGAGGCGACGAACUUGUCUGCGAGCGGUACAAACGCUGGUCGCCUUUCGGUAACAUCAAGGAAAUCAGAGAACUCGAAAUGUAUCGAUUCUACUUGGCACACCCAGACAGAUUGUACAAUCCCGCGUUGGAUUCAACCUGCCCCAACCCCUUCAGCUUUCCAUCCCCCAACUUCGGUUCGCUCUGCGCCAUUCCCACAGCUUUGCUCGCUUCAAAGACCAAGUUUCUCCACCUUGAGCUUACGGUUCCCGAUGUUAUCAAGAACCUCGAGGAUGGCUAUUGUACCUGCUGCUCUGGAAACCACGUGUUUGGGGAUGACUUUGUAUUGAGUGGUGCUUCGACCCGAUGGUAUUCGCAGUUGGCAAGUGGACCCAUCCCGAUGUUCUUGGCAGGAUUCUUUAUUUGCCCUGUCUGUGUCGGGUUGGUGCACGCGUUGGAAAGCAUUGACGUACAUGGAUCUACGUCUUUGUAUAGGGAGGAAUAUAAGCCAUGGCUGCUUGACCGAGUCGAAAGCUUGGGUUUCAAAAGACCAUGUUUCGCAGAUGUCCAAAAUUCGACAGAAUCACUUUCCAAGUCAAUCGCAACCUCGAUCGCCAGGUCAGUCACAACCUCGCUCAUGGAUUUAUGCAAGGCGUAUAAUAUAAGAAUCACACCUUAG